UCCAGAGACAUUCUCACAGUGUUCAGUGAUAAGUGAUGAUAACAUUCCCACCAUUUAUUAUUAUUUUAGGAGUUGAGGAUCACAGAAAACAGAAUUAAAUCUAUUCUGUGUUCUGUCUUCUGUCCUAGGACACUCGGUGCUCGGUAGUCGGCAUUGUUGGCGUCCACUGUGUCCAGUAUUACACUAUUACUUAUUGACUUUCGUUACUUUGUUAGUCUUGAGGCCUGUAUUUCUGUGGGAGUGAGGAAGUGAGGAAUAGUAAAUUACACAAUGAUCAAUGAUUAUCAUAAUGUGCUGUAGGCAACUACCUAUACUGUGUUUGUAAAUUGCUUAGCCGCUUGGGCCAUARGAGUAUUUUAGGACCUCAURGACAUAGGCUUGUCAAGUUGUAACUCGCUACAAUAUAACAGUAUUUAUUAUAGAUAUAAGAUACUCCUGGCUGAGAGACUGUAGUAGAACCUUCUAGACUUCUAGUGUUAUUUUGAUUUUUAAAAUAUUAUUAUAUAUUUAUUAAUAAUUUUCAUUUUACCAUAUCUGGAUUUCAAAAUCUUUUUAGUCGUUGAUGAAAAUCCGUUAAUUGUUUGUCAGGUACCAGUUAUACUAUGUAUGGAAUUGGAUUUUUUUCAAACAUUUUUAUUUUUWCUAUUAUAACAUUUUUGGCUUAUAUUGAUCAAAUCAAUGCUGGUUCGCCACCAGUUGUAUUAUGGCAUGGAAUGGGUGAUAGUUGUUGUAACCCAUUAAGUCUUGGAAGAAUUAUUAAGGUAUUACAGAAGAACUUGGGAAAUGAUUCUUAUGUGAAAUCGUUAAAAAUUGGAAAAUCGUUUGAACAGGACGUGAAGAACAGUUUUUUCAUGAAUGUUAAUCUUCAAGUUAAAUAUGCUUGCAAUCAAAUAUCUAUGGAUCCAAAGUUGUCUAAUGGUUAUAAUGCAAUUGGAUUUUCACAAGGAGCCCAAUUUUUGAGAGCGGUUGCACAAAGAUGUCCUUAUCCUCCAAUGUUAAAUCUUAUAUCAAUAGGUGGCCAACAUCAAGGAGUUUUUGGUAUGCCAAGRUGUCUUUAUUCUAGUCACAAAUGGUGUGAAUAUAUAAGAUUAGUUUUGAACAAAGAAGCAUAUGCAAAAUGGGUACAAAAUUUAUUAGUUCAAGCAGAAUAUUGGCAUGAUCCUAUUAAAGAAUCAGAUUAUAUUAAAGGUAGCCAUUUUUUAGCAGACAUCAACAAUGAACGUGUUAUUAAUACAAGUUAUCGUGAAAAUUUACUUAAAUUAAAAAACUUUAUCAUGGUUAUGUUUACAAAUGAUWCAAUGGUUAUUCCAAAAGAAAGUGAAUGGUUUUCAUUUUACUCACCAGGUCAAGAUAAAGAAAUUAUGCCACUUGAACAAACUGUAUCUUACCUGACAAUAUCUGUGUGUAAAAUUUACGAGCGCAUGAUACUGAAAAUGUCAAUAACACAAAAUCAAUUUUCUCGUAAUGUGAGCUAUAAGAUACAUAUACUAUGAAUCUGUUAAGAUACGUCAUAUA